ACUCCAUUCACACGGGACGUCUCUCGUCUCGGCCGCAAGCCAUCUAGCAGAUCUCAGCUCGGAUUGCGGCAGCAACAAUCAUCAUUUUAUCUUCUCUGGCGGCGUGCUGAUUCCUUCAAUGAGAGAAGGGGGACGGUUGGGCUGUAAAUUGUUGGCUGGGAGUAUUAAAUUGAUGAGACCCACCAUCCCGACACCGGACCGCGAGGGAGAGGAGCGUGCAGGCCAUUCAUUGCUGGUCAGAGGAGGGAGGCAAACGCUGCUAAGUUGCAGGCGAGGGAGAGAGGAGAGUAAAGCACACCCGUUCGUCGCCAACCGUGGGGAAUGAGUCAAACCCCACCUUGGUGGUUGGUAUCAGUCCAGAGCUUAGGCCAUCAAAGAUCCACUUCGUUAGGCGCCUCCUUAGUGGUUGGAAAUCCCUCCGUCAUCAAAGACGGCAUCUUUACUGCGACUGCUGCUGCGGUUUACUCGCCACCAACCUCAACUUGAGGUCAUUCAUUAUAUACAUUCACACACACACAGAAUGAGGGAGGGUAGAUAAAAGGGGUUAGAAAGAGGAGGAGAAAGGAGUAUCGAGGAGGAGGAGGAGGAGGAGGAGGAGGGAUGGUCGGGCCAGGGCGGCCGGUCUUCGUUCUUUUUGGCUCCUCCAUCGUCCAGUACAGCUUUAGCAACGGGGGAUGGGGAGCUAUCCUCGCCGACGUAUACGCCCGCAAGGCUGAUAUUUUGCUGCGAGGAUAUGUUGGCUGGAACUCAAGACGUGCUCUGCAAGUGGUUGAUAAAAUCUUCCCUAAGGAUGCAGCUGUGCAACCUUCAUUGAUAAUAGUUUACUUUGGUGGCAAUGACUCAAUUGGACCUCACCCAUCUGGCCUAGGUCCUCAUGUGCCACUCCCAGAAUACACUGAAAACAUGAGUAGGAUUGCAGAUCAUCUUAAGAGCCUAUCUGAAAAGACACGCAUUAUUUUCCUCACGUGCCCUCCUAUCAAUGAGGAACUGCUUCGUCAGUCAACAAGUACCGCUCUAAGUGAGAUUGUGCGGACAAAUGAAACCUGCCAAAGAUACUCAGAAGCUUGUAUAAAACUGUGCAACGAUAUGGAUGUGAAGGCUAUUGAUCUUUGGACUGCAAUACAGAAGCAGGAUGACUGGGCUAAUAUUUGCUUUACUGAUGGGAUUCACUUUUCCUCUGCAGGGAGCAGGAUAGUUGCGGAAGAGAUACUAAAGGUCCUCAAAGAAGCUGAGUGGGAGCCUUCGUUACAUUGGAAGUCCUUGCCAACCGAGUUUGGGGAGGAUUCACCAUAUGAUCUCGUAGCUUCCGAUGGAAUAUCCACCAUCAACCCUUCUGAGUGGACUUUUCACAGGGAAAUACAAUGGGACUAGAAAACCCCGUGGCUGCUCAGCCAGUUUGGAGUUGCUUAGGUGUGCUUAACAUUGCUAGAUCCUAUGGAAUGCUCGAAAGAACACCAACCAAACCCUCAUUUACCUCUGUGUUGGAUUAGGCUAGCAUGUUCCCAUCGUGCUUUUUAACCGGGGAUAUUUGAUGGAAACUGAUUAGACUCCAGGCUGCACGAGUUGCUCAUGCAAAACUAAUGCACGUCCACAUUCAUGAAUUUCAGUAUUUUGUGCUAAUUGCUCUCUUGUCAUGUGCCCUAGAAUAUCAAAGAUGUGGACGUCUAAGAAAAAUGUUGCUUGCAUUCGAUUUUAAAGAAUCUCUGGAGCUGGUCGGUUGGCAAU